AAAACCUAAAAGGCAGCCAUAACGAACAAACAAAAUGAACCAACUAGUGUUAAUAUGAAGGAGAAAAAGGCUCCUGGGUGCAAACCCGCGAGCUGGGUUCCUCGCGAACCCAGCUCGUGGGUUCAUGAGGUGCGAACCCAGCUCGUGGGUUCGCGAGGUGUGAACCCAAGCUCCAGAGCUGGGUUCUUACACCCAGGAGCCUGGGUUCCUCGCGAACCCAGCUCGUGGGUUCGCGAGGUGCGAACCCAAGCUCCUAGGUUCCUCGCGAAUCCAGCUCUUGGGUUCGCGAGGUACGAACCCAGGCUCCUGGGUUCGCGAGGUGCGAACCCACGAACUGGGUUUGCACACCCAGGAGCCUGGGUUCCUCGCAAACCCAACUCGUGGGUUCGCGAGGUGCGAACCCAGGCUCCAGAGCUGGGUUCGCACACUCAGGAGCCUAGGUUCCUCGCGAACCCAUCGCCUAGAGGCUUGGACAGAGAGGGCAAGGAUUUCAAUCAAGAUUCUGGUGAGCUGUGGCAUUUUGGCUCUUAGGAAGCGACCUAAAUUCAGACCAGCAACUAGUUAUAGAAUUAAAAGCAAAGGAGACAGUAGAAUAAUGGGAAUAGUAUUUUUUUUUUUUUUUGGAUACAUGAGAAAAAUGAAAAAAUGAAAAAAGAAAGGUUAA